GUUCAACUGUGUCAUAUAGGCUAGCAUGCCUGAGCCAGUUAGAGCGCAAUAUUAUGCAGAGAUAUGCGCCUGUGGUGAUACUUGCUAUUUAAUAGUUCUGCCAUUGUUACUACGUUUACCAGGGGCUUAAUUAAAACACAGAACAUAUUCAUUUAGGUAUUUAAAGCAGGGGUGUUUACGAUUGUUGAAAUUACCUAGUCUAUAUAUUUUGAACCGUUCUAGUUCUACGAAAUCCCGACAGGUCCACUUUUAAUGUGUGGUUCAGGGCUGACGAUUGGUUAUUUGUGGCUAACGCUAGAAAAAAAAAAAAAAAAAACGAUGAGGCGGGAAGCGCGUGGGACAGUUGUCUCUCGGACGACAAUAGGAGACGCAAAAUCAGUUAGCAGUUAAUAGAUUUAUUCACGUAGAUUGAAUGAGCUGAACUGAAGUUGUUUCCAUGGCUUGUGAGCAACAGUUGAGACAAUCGCAGGGCACAAAUUUGCUGCCAAAUGAAGUUACCACAGAACAGCAGUCCUUGAUUGUGGUGAAGAAACUUCUGGCUAUAGCUGUCUCCUGCAUCACGUAUCUUAGGGGUCUGUUCCCAGAAAAGGCGUAUGGGAGCAAAUACGUGGAAGAGCAGAAGGUGAUGAUACUGAGAGAACAGCGGAGCUGCCCUGGAGCCAGUCAGAUUGUCCAGUGGAUGCAUGGAUGCUUUGAUGCUCUUCAGAAAAAAUAUCUGCGACUGGUUGUUCUGUCUAUUUACACAGAUCCUGAACAUCCCCAGAAAGUUACAGAAUGCUACCAGUUCAAAAUCCAAUACACUGAUACGGGACCUCAAAUGGAAUUUGAAAGCCGCAACAACAAGAAAGUGGCAAAGAUGGCCUGUAGCAACGUGAAGAAGGCCAGCGUCCUCCUGGUGCGCAAGCUCUACAUGCUGAUGCAGAACCUGGGGCCCCUGCCUGACAGCGUUUGUCUCAACAUGAAGCUUUCCUACUACGACGAAGUUACACCUCAGGAGUACGAGCCUCCUGGCUUCAAGGAGGGAGACAGCGACAGCAUGAUGUUUGAGAGAGAGCCUGUGAACCUGACCAUGGGGGAGGUGGUCACCCCCUUUCACACCCUGAGGGUGGAUGUGACUACAGAGAAGGAGAGGCUGGAACAGGUUUGUGACGCUGAGCCUGUGUGUAAGGCAGAACAAGGAGCCCUGGAGAUGGAGGAAGCAGAACAGGCGUCCAUGAGCAACAGUCAGCCCAUAAAACAGUGUCGUAUACCAGUGCUGAAAGACAGGAAGGAUUGUAAUCACAAUCAAGCUGACGUGUCAGAAGUGCAGGUGAGCAGCCAGGAAGAUGUGAAGACGUGUGAGGAGAAACUGGACAGCUCACACCUCUCUCAGAUUGACAGUCUGGUGAAGAAGCCCUCAGACGUAGGGGAGACCUUGAAGAGGACCAGAAGUGGCCGUGUCAUUGCGCCCACAGUGGAGAGAAAGGACACAACGGUGUGCAGCACCAUCAAGAAUAGAUCCAUUCCUCAGAUGAAUAAAAAGAUGUCCCAAUUUGCAUUCCCCAGCAGUCAAGGUCAAGACUCUGUCCCAAAGAGACGCAAGUUCAGUGAGCCAAAGGAGCAGUACUGAAAAACAGCAAGUGAAAUUUCUGGAAGUUUAUGGUUGACAAAGAAGCAUAUUUCACUGUUAUUUCUGCUUGAGUUGUCACAACUGCCAAACACAUUGUUCCGCACAUUUUAUGUUUUUGACUGGAGGAUAAAUUACAUUGGUCAAGCCUCAUAAAGUUUAAGUCAGUGGUAAUGGGCUGGCAAUUUAUACAUAGUUAUGACUGAACUGCAUGUAUGAAUCUGUUUUUGUACUGGAAUGUUAUUGCCUUGUUAUUUUUGCCAUUUAAAAAAGAGAAAUUGAAACCCUUGGGCAUAUUGAACUGCCUGUGGCGAAUGGAGUCAUAUGAUUUUUAUUCAUUAGUUUAUGAUUUCCUACCUAUUCAUUUAGUAUCUUUGAAAUGGGGGUUUCUUCAAAUUGAUUCAAAUUACUGAAGUAUAAAAUAUAUAUAUUGCAGUGGUGAGUAAUCCCUAACCCCCAGUGAAGUAGCGGUAUGUGUUUUUCAUUUAUAUAACCUCUUACUCACUUACUCCAUACUUUAAAUGUCAGCUGAUCAUAGAGGUCCUAGAUUGUCCAUACAAGUCUUUCUCCUUCUGUUCUCUCCAUAUUAGGGAUUUAGCCGGUUUAGUCCAGCAAUGAGAAAUGUAGGAGAAACUGAAAGAAAAGAAAAGCCUCGCUAAAGUAAUUAACUGCAAAACAGUACUUGUUUUGGAAAGAACUUUCAAAAUAGAUUGAACUGUGUUAUGUUUGUGGAGACAGGGAUUUGAAGUUCAAUUGAACCCAAAACUUCAAUGAGAAUGCCAAGUGUGAUCGAAUCUUCACAUCACUUUGGCCUCCUGGCCCUGGAUGAUGGUGCUAGGCCAGCCUGUUGGUUUGAUGCUUUUUCCCAGGCAUUAGGGAGGUUAUCAAUACACUGUCUUAAUCCACUGCCAAUCAAUUCUUCUUGAAAGCGGUGUGAUGCAUACACAAACGGCCUGCACUGCGAGGGUGAAAGGGACAGCUGAACAAGUACUCUAACUCCGAAUAAGGAACCGUUUCAUGGAAUACAUUCACAAUUGGUUUUUCGGGUGUGGGAGAUAAAAGUUUCAGGAUGGAAUUGACAAAAAGCUUAGGUGAAUCUGACAUAGCAUGGCCUGCUGUGUGAAGAAUUAAAGGCGAACUCUUGCAUUUCGUCUGUCCUCAGUGAGGAUUUCCAGCAAGCAGGAAGCAGGAAGGGCCCAGGAUAGAUGAAGAGCUGUGGCCUGUUACAAGGAGGAUGAGAUGGGCUGACACCUCUGUUUCAAAGUCCCUUAUCUCGUGUUGUGUCAUAUGAAGCUAGCUUUGUGCUGUGAGGUUUCUUUGUUCUUUUUACAAUAGCUUCUCUGUCAGACAGAGAGCAAAAAAAAAAUGGUAAAGAUAGCAUUUAGCAUUUUAGCAUUCCGUCAUUAGUAUUUCUUGUAUUGUGUUCUGUAUUGCAUUAAAGGAGAAAGUCUCGGAAUGAA